AUUAUUAUGGUUGUUCUCCCAUGCUUUUGUUUUCAAUACUUUUUCUUUUUCCUUCCUCCACACAGCUACGGAAGACUGUCUUCGACUUUGCGCAGAAGGAACUGGCCCCCAAAGCAGGAGAAAUCGACAGAGAAAACAACUUUGCAGAGAUGAGGGAAUUUUGGAAGAAAAUGGGCCACCUCGGAUUGCUUGGCAUCACGGCAGACCCAGAGUACGGCGGCUCAGGCAUGGGGUACUUCGACCACUGCAUUGUCAUGGAGGAGCUGUCACGGGCUGCGGGUGGCAUCGCGCUGUCGUAUGGGGCCCAUUCCAACCUUUGCGUCAACCAGAUAAUGGCCCCGGAGCCUAAAAGAUUUUUAUUUGGUAAGCUGUGUUCAGGAGAGCAUGUAGGAGCUCUGGCAAUGUCUGAACCAGGGUCAGGGAGUGACGUUGUGUCCAUGAAGCUUAAGGCCGAGAAGAAGGGCGACUACUACGUACUGAACGGCAACAAAUUCUGGAUCACCAAUGGGCCUGAUGCUGAUGUACUUGUGGUCUAUGCCAAAACCAAUCCCACUGCCGCAAAAGCCCAGCAUGGUGUCACAGCGUUCCUGGUCGAGAAGGGCAUGGAGGGAUUUAGCACUGCCCAAAAGCUAGACAAGCUGGGUAUGCGAGGCUCCAACACGUGUGAGCUGAUAUUCGAAGACUGCAAGGUGCCAGAGAAGAACAUGCUCGGCAAGAAGGAUGGCGGCAUCUACGUCCUGUUUUCUGGCCUUGACCUCGAGAGAUUAGUACUGGCAGCUGGACCUGUAGGGUUGAUGCAGGCUGCGUGUGAUGUUGCCUUUGAGUAUGUGCAUGUGAGGAAGCAGUUCAACACAAGGAUUGGAGAAUUCCAACUGAUGCAGGGCAAGAUUGCGGAUAUGUACUGUGAUCUGAAUGCCUGUCGCGCCUACCUUUAUGCAGUGGGCAGGGCGUGCGACAGGGGCCACUUCAGCAACAAGGACUGCGCUGGUGUCAUCCUCUACUGUGCAGAGAAGGCUACUCAGGUCUGCUUGCAAGCCAUCCAGUGUCUAGGUGGUAAUGGUUACAUCAACGACUAUGCAACCGGAAGACUUCUGAGGGAUGCAAAGCUGUACGAGAUUGGUGCGGGAACGAGUGAGGUGCGACGCCUUGUGAUUGGCCGUGCUCUCAACUUCGAGUACAAAUAGACUGGACUGACGCUAAUUUUCUUCUUUUUGCUAAUGAAGACGAAAGAAAUGGAAAAACAGAGAGGGCCAUUUGUAUUUAGAACAAUUAUUGUGAUAUUUAUAUUUUUGAAGAUUAUUUCAUAGAUGUAUAUUUUUUGUUUUAUGUAAGCAGUUGUCUCAGCUGAUUGCCUUUGUACCUGAUUCCAGCCUCUUGGUAUAUAAACUCAAGGAGGGUUAAUAAGACGAGACACUCAGACUCACUUGUGUAGAGUCCACAACCUUUGAAAAAAGGCAUUGUUCAUUCACAUUAUAGAUUGCAUUGUAAGUUUGUUUUCCUUGUUCCAGUGAUUUUUAUUGUGCCAUAUAGAAAAGGAACAAUUCUCAAUAUUUUAACAGAGAACAAAACAACUACUUGUAAUUUUUCCAGUUGUACAAAACUAAUUGUUCUUUGUAUGGUAUCCUCUCUUUAACUAUUUAACUGAUUACCUAAGACGAGAAAAACUUCCUUUGUAUUAGAAUCUUCAGUCAGAUGUUUCAUAUUUGCUUGAUCACCCCGAUUCUUUACAAGAUAGUAUGGUUUUCUGUCACCCCUUGCUCAAUAAAGCUUGCUCUGCCACUUCAGAGUACCAAGUUGAAGACUUCUUUUGGGUAUUUUGUACUGAUUAGAAAAUAAUUGGUAUUUAAUAGAUGAUGUAAUUGGUUAUUUACAUGCAGUGGGAAUAGUGGGGUCAGUCAGCCGUUAGUCUGGAGAAGGGCAAAGCUAUCAAGAUUGAUAUAUCAAUUAGAAUUCUGACAUUUUCAUGUUUACUGGAAUUGACCAUAUAUUACAAUUUUUUUAUAAUGGAAUCAGACAAUCUGAGUUAAAUGUCAAUUUUCAAUUAUUCUCUGAUGCAGCUUAAUCAAAUGUUAUUUUUAUUAUUAUAAUUAUUAUUAUUAUUAUAAUUACUCCAAAUUAGGUAAGGUUCUGUAUAUGAGGGGGCACAACCAAAUGAUUCAGCAGUUAAUAGGUGUUUUCUAGCCAGCGGGUUAUAGCUUUCUCUGGUUGGGGUACACUAUUAACUAUCAAAAUUUGCCAAAUAAAGUAUUUUGGUACCCUUUCUGUGCAACAGGGUCAUAACUUCAGGUGCAUUUGGUGAUGCCGGGUCAUGUACGAUUAGACAUGGGAUCUGAGACUGUGGUUGAUAAAAUUCACUGAAUUUAUGAUGUAAAAUUACUGCUCACUGGUUUGUUAGCAAAGUUUUAAGAAUGAAAUUGUUAGUUACUAAAGAUUUUUUUCUUGAAUAAAACAAAAUAAUAACUGAGAUUUCUUCAGAGUAUGAUUUGAUAUGAGAUUAUAUUCAUAACUACUAUGUUUCGAUGUGUGGCAACUAACCAGUAUUAGCAAUAGUUGGUUUGGAAACAUUUGUAUGUAAUGUUCAUAUUUUUACUCACAAACCUUGUUUCUAGCUGUUGUUUUGAAUCACUGUAUUUUUUAAAAAUCAGUUCUCGGUGACUUUUUUAUAUUACAUACACAUUUUGAACUGUUAGCUUUUUUAGACGAUUUUAUUAACAUAGCACAAUAUUCAGUGGGUGAGAAUCAUUAUUAUACAUAUUGUAUAUAAACAAAAACAAAAGCAUUCACAGCUUCCACUGUUCAGGGAUAAUAAAAUGAAUGUAUAUGUGCUUUUACACUGCUCAAUGUGUAGGAAAAACAGAUAUGGUUUUGCUUGGUGAUUUUGUUGCUUUGACAUUAUGAACUGUGGUCAUCUGACAAAUAUUAAAUUUUGGUUUAUUCCAAUUUAAAUAUAUGUUAUAAACUCAUGUGUGAAAAUUAAAUAAGUGAAGCAGUAAUUUAAAAUAUGACCGAAGGAUUGGAGAACAUGUGUCCUUACCAUGUUAGUAUAUGUUAUUUUACACAAGAAAUAGUAGGGUUAGGUUGUGUUAAGUGUUCAUGUAGAAAUGUAGAGUCAGGGUGGAGAUAUUUACAAAUUAUUGGAAUUAGUUUUGUAGUAAAAUAUAAAUGAA